GUAGCGCGCGGCGUUAAGGAGGGUACAGGGGGCCUGGAGCGGAAGUUAGGCCGCCCUCUGCUUCUGCGUCGUGGGGUCAUACGCGCUAUACGUGGGCGGCCGCUCGCGCUGGGCUAUGGAUCCCUUUGCCCAGAACGUGUUCCGCGUGUUGGUAGUGCUGAACACGACCGUGGUCUGCGCCACCGUCGGGACCUUUUGGCGCAUAAACCAAAGCCAAGAUUUCAGGCGUAAAAUGCACAAGGUAUUUCCGUACAUGCUGGAAGCUUAUUAUAUAUUCCAAGAGGCAGGUGGAUACUAUGGCAUUAGAGAGAAAGACGAAAUGGAAUGGCUUAGCCGCAAAGAGUAGAUCCCUUUGUGUUUGAACUGCUUUUUCUUCUUGAUAAUACUUUUCACAUCUCUGUUUUGAAGCCAUCUGUCACGCUCCGUCUCCCACUUGAGUUGUUUGACACCUACCAGAGAAGACAAAGUAGAUGAGAUGUCAGUGCAGCUGGUGUAUAAUUAUUACUUAUGAACACCAUGUGAAAUCUGAGUAAAUCGUGUAUUGGCUAAUAAUUGAGAUAUGUAUAGAAAAUGUCAAUAAAGUGUGAACUAUGCCUUUU